UGGCUCCGCCCCGCUUGCUGCGGCUGGAGGGAACCGUCGAAGCUUGACAAGCUGCGGGCUGGGCGGCUCUGGGUCCGCGCUCCGGAUCUAAUAUCCCCCCCCCGCCUCUCUUUCCCUUGGCCUGUGGGAGAAUCGUCACGGCAGAAAGCGGAUUGCCCUCCUUUGCGCCAGCCUGGACAUGUGGAUGCUAUGCAUGUGGUGGGUGCUGCUGGGCACCGGUUCAGCCCAGCUGGUACUUGACAGUAUCCCAUUUCUUGAAAUAAAGCACUGUAAUGGACCCGAAAUCAUCCUCCCUUGUGUGGUAACUAAUCUGAAAGAGAAUAACAGUAUUUCAAUGUUUGUGAAAUGGCAAUUUCAAGGAAAUCAAUUUUUCCUUUAUGAUGGAGUUACUGAUAACGCUACCAGAAACAAUAGUUUUGAUACUGCAACUUUUCUGAACCGCUCAAUGGUACCCUACGGCAUUGUUUCACUUGUUAUAUCAACAAAGCAGGCUCUUCUCGGAAAUUAUACUUGUGAAGUGACAGAAGUAAAUAGAGAAGGAAGAACAAAAUUUGAACUGAGAGACAGUUCAGCCUGCCCAUCAGAAUGCGUACCUUGGUUUCAGCCUGUGGAGCGGUUCUCUGUCAUUUCCAUCAUAAUAUUGAUUGUUAUUUUAUACUGGUGCCAGUUCAUUACUGUAGCUAUAAAGUUUGACAUGGAAUUUGAAAAGAAAAUUGGCUUAAGUUUUACAGGACUAUUAAUAACAAUUUUUGCUGUGACUGGUACCAUUCUUUUUGCCCAAGGUGGAUAUACAGCAUCGGUUAAAGCUGGUAUUGGCCUCAUUGUCAUCCCUGUAAUCAUUGUAGUGCCUCUUUUAUACUUCCUGUUCACAUCAGUUUUUGAGAAGCAACCACUUUUUGCAGUUAUUUUGCUAGCUCUGAAAGCACUUGGAUAUGUAAUUGCUGUGGCUGGAUUUGCUUUGUGCGUGACAGCAUGUCAGCCAAAACAUGGAUCUGUUCUGAUUGCAGGCUUAGCAAUUAUUGGUGCUGUAGGAGCAAUUGGCUUAAUUUACAUUAUUAUUAUUGGUUCCAACUUGAAAGAUCAUCAGCCUCCAAGGAAAGCUGUUGAAGAAUCACUUAAUGAUGCAAAAGGAGUGAUGUUAGAAUGAUGAUGCACUGGAUGUGAGGUAACUGAAUCCAAUUAUAGACAUGGAAACAAGUGGAGAGAGACUUUUGUUGAUACACCGUGGCCUUGAAGAUGCACUACUCAAAGAGAAAUAAAAUCAGGAAAUUAGUUGUUUUGCAUGUUUGGAAAAGUGCUGUAAUGACUCACCUGAUGUAACUUUAUAGUUGCAGCAGCUGUAGUGAUUUUAAAAGAGAAGUAAGUGUAUGCACGUGAGGUUUCCCCCUUCGCUUCUUUACAGAUGGAUGAGAGCAAAAACCAUGACGCUCUUGGUCCACUUUCUCUUUAGUGCUGCACUUCUCAGAGGAUCUUGAAAAUACUGUUUUGCAUAGAGACCAGACGUCACGAGGGACUACUUUUGAACAUCACAAUCUUGAUACAUUGGCUGUCAUCACCUCUGGGCCAGGGUUUUUGUUUGUUUGUUUGUUUUUGUUUUGCUUUCAGUUUUGGUAUCACUAAGCAACAGCUGCUUAUAUGGAACAGCAAUCCUCGGUACAUCCUUGUAUUUUAAAAAAAGUGCAGUGCUGAAAGUCUGAACUGGGAGAUUGCUCAAAAAGGUUCUCAUUUCCUUCCAGCACAAUGUAUUUAUUUAUUUAUUUGCCGUUCCUCUCGCCCACACCUUAAAAAUUGGUGAACUCCAGCCCCACUUUAGGAAAAAA